AUGAGUAAGUGUCAAACAAGGAAGAUGAACGCUGAAAAAGGGGACAAUGAGGAGUCCAGGUAAGGCUAAAUGUUCCUGGAUCGAGGGGGCAAUUUUGUAAUGAGGGAAACACUCUGGAUCUUGAUAGAUGUUCAACUUUUUUAUGUGUUUGCAUGAUGAUUAAAUUUGCGAUUAGUUCAAUACUAUACUCUUUUGAUUGCAAAAUGCAUCUGAAUUGACUGAUGUACAUCUUUACGAUGCCAUGUCGAACAAUAUUAGUAAGAGAACUCAAGUCACUAUUGAUUGCCUCAGCCCAACAUACUGACGGUGAAACUGAUAACAAAUUGUAAAAUGUGGUAGCAUUUAAAAACGACCAAAUAAAGACAUAAUUCCAAAAAAUUGAACCUAGUAUGCAUAUUGAAAGUAUCUUGUUGAAGUUUUUUUACAGGAAAAAUAUCUAGAGGCCCGGGUAUUUUAUCCACUCAAUGUGUUAAAUUUCAUACAUUAUUAGGCUGAUACGUUGGUGUACUGCAAUUCAAUUUCUACAUGAUAUGCGUUCAGAGUGCCUGUCAUUAAAUAGAAAUCUUAUAAACCGAUGAAGUUUGCCAACUAGAUUGAUAGAUCACUGAAAUUUAAAUGGUGGAUUUAGCUAAAGCUUGCUGUUGCAGAGGUCCUUGCAACUGACUCCCAGUUAACCUUGCACUCCACAUAAUACUAAAGAGAAGAGUUAUUAUUGGUGUUGCAAAAUACAGUUGAAACUCUGAAAUAUAUACAAGGAUGAUCAGAAAACAUUCACAAAAAUAGUAACACCUUAAAUUGAUAUUCUGAUUUAAAUUGUCAAGAAAACAAAACAGGCAUGUGCAUUGUGUGCUUCAAUUUAUACGAGGCUGGCUAUUAUUUUUUAGUUUAAGUUUUCAGAAAAUAAAUCAAUCAUGGAAGUCACCUGCUUGAGCAAAAUGGCUGUUAGUGGAGCUUGAAUGCAGACACAUUUCUAUACAGAUUGUCUACUUAACCUUGCAAAAGGCAAUAGUAGGGUUAAUAUUAUAGAAAAGGUUUUGAAUUUCAUAAUUCUAACCCAGUUUAUAUAAGAGUGGCUCCAGGUGGUAUUCACUUUGUAUUUACAAGUUAGUCUUAAGUUUCAGUUAUCACGUAAUUUAUUGAUUGUGCUGUAUUUAUAAGAUUUGGACCAAAAAUUGUUUGCAAUUUUCAUCUCUUAAAUUUUAUGUUACAAAGUGGACCAGUUGGAACAAUUAAGAAGACUUUGGGGAAGGUAAUGGUGGAUCUUGAGUUUGCUUCUGUCAUCUUAAAGGGGAGAGGGAGGGAGGAACUCACCAGAACUUAGCUACCAAUAUGUAGUCCACUGUCUUCAUCAGAAAAUACUAAGUUCAUAAUCAACAUUGAAUUUCAGGCUUUCAUUAUUCUCUCUAACCAAAAGUAAUGGUCACAACUUUUGACCAAAUAUUAUUUAACACUGUAAAUUACUGUUACAAACCUCUCUUGAGAUAGUUUAGUUACAGAGCUGAAUAACCAGCACCAUUAUUUCAGCAUCUUGUGAAAAGGUUUGAUAAGAGAGACUCAGUUUUGCUUGUAUAUUAAACUGACUUGAUAUUUAUUAUUUUCAUAUCUAUAGGUAACCUCUGAAGGCUUGAUUGAGCUCCCUCCAGGUACAUUGUGAGUGUAGGUUAAUUUAUUAUAAAAUACUUGGCUGCAUAGUAUUUUUAAAGGUAUUGGAUGUCAAAUGCACCAGUCUUUGUCAAUGAUGAAAACAAGUGGCCUUCUGUUGUUGCUUCUGUCUGUUAGUAUGGAUCCUGAUCACCUCAACAGCCCAUUUAUUGAGUUAAAAUGGUGAAAGAUAGCUGAUCCCGAUAAGGAAAGAAAAGAGCUCAAUCUCAAAUUCAAGUGUCUAUGAUAUAUCUUAAUAUCUAAGGGCCCCCAAUAAAUGAAGUGUUAAAAGUAAUCCUAUAAUACUUUAAAAUAUACUUUGAUGGUAAUCUGUUGAUGCGCUAUAGUUGGCACAGUCUCUAAAAAGACUAUAGAUAUCUUUAUGAAACUGUAUCUCUUAACAUUAUAUUAACACAGUGGUGAACUUUGUGUGAUGCACAAAGAGUCUGGAUUUAAUAAUUUAGUCCAUGUUGUUAAGUUUAAAAAAAAUUUUGCAAUUUUUUUCCCAGAAAAUGUGCAAAUUUCACCCAAAGUAAAUAUACCUACCUUCCUUUGGAUUUAACUGUUCAAGAUUGGUCUUUUUGUACUUUAAUGUUGUAGAGCCUGGUGCUGUUAAAUUUGAGUGUCAAGGUAUUUCAAGGCCUAGUUCCAGCACAGCUGUCAGAGUUGGGAGUGCAGGACGUGUAGAGAGGAGCCUUCAACUUGCAAGGAAAAAGGAAUUAGUAGAUGAGAUUCCAACAAGAUGUAAUAGCGCUGGAGCUGAGAUGAUUUCUCUGGGUAAUGUUGCUCGAAGCUGAUUUGAAAUAUGUAAAUACCAUAAUCAAUAAUAUUGUUAUGUCCUCAGUCUCAGAGGCUUUACCAAGUAGGCAAGGAAAAGCUGCUCCUCAAAGUACAUUUUGCUUUUAGAAUGCCACGGUUAUGAUGGAAUUUUUAUCUAUCUGAUAUAAAAUGUCUUGAAAGGUUAUUUACAAUCAUGGUAGUUUGCAUAAAGGGAUACUAAAAUCCAUUUACUGCUUUCAAUUGCCUUUUUUUCAUUUCAUAUCCUAAUUUUUUAUGGUAUGCAAAUAAACAAAGUGAUUACAAACUCAACUAACUUUGCAGUCAGAUACAAAUGAUGGGACAGAUUACAAUGCUAUCCACACAAGAAUGUUUCCAAUGUAACCCACUAGGUUCCAGACCUCCCAAAUGGGGUUCUACUUUCUAAUUGAUAUUUGAUAUUUGCGAGUAAUGCUUUCUCUACAUAAUGAUACAAGCUUUGAGAGGUUUUGGGUCUGCCUCUUAGCCUGGUUUAAAUUUCCCUCAAUUAAAAUCACAAAAAUAUUGAAAUUAGGCCUAAGAGGACUGGAAAACAAUUGCAUUAUCAAGUGAGGGAACUUUUGUCACAUGGCAAGGUGUAAUGCAUAUGUAACUGUUAGUUGACCAGGUGUGAAUAGUCUUCUCUUGUUAAUUUGCUUUAACUGAUGUCAUCAGGUCCCAUAUUUGCAUAGCUUACCUGAUUCUUUUUACAAAUAUAAAAGCUCAUUUCUCUGUCACCCUUAAAAUUUUAAAGGGGUGAAAAUUUGACUAUGGUAGCUUUGAAAGCAUUUUGUUCAUUUUAUGGGCACCAAUUAAUCAACUAAAACCAAAUCAUGUGAAUAGUCAACAUGGAAUCUUACUACAUGUAUAUUCAUCAUGCAAUGUAAAAUUAAAUAUUUUGGGUGUCAGACUUUUGUUGAAACAAAAAAACAAUUAUGCCAUGUUAAAAUGUGACAACUUCUCUAGUUUAUCUAAUUUAUGAUGUCUGGCUGUCUCCUAUACAGUCCACCUGAUGAAAGACAAAAUUAUAUUCAAAUGUUUUUUUCUUUAAAUGAAGAGAAAUUAUCAGAUAUUAUCAUUCUAGAAAACAUAUUGGUUUGGUAUAAUCAUGUUCUAUGUUUAAAAAAGAUGGGUGAUUUCAUGAUUUCAGGUUUUUCAAGUACCUAACUUGAGUUUUUUUACUUGAUUGCUACCAAGGUUUUUGGCUUUUUUGGGGGUGUAUAUGUCAAAUACGAAAACUUCCACUUUCUUCAUGUUUUUCAGUCCUCUCAGUUUCAUGUAAACUAUUUGUAGGAUACUUUUGGUAUUUAAUAGUCAGGGGUUAUGGCAGGCUUGUAUAUAUAUCAGUGUAUAUAUUCUUGUAUGUAAUAUCUUCCUGUUCCUUUCUCAGACUCUGUCUUUGCUAUGAGAAGAUUCAUUUUCUCAUUUAACCUUUUUUGAUUUGAUGGAUAUCAUCGAUGUUAUUUAUUAUAAGUAGAAUUUAUUUUUGUUUGAACUUCAUUUGAUAAUGCCAAUUAACUUGAUAAUUAAUGAUUCCACAAUAAUUACAAUCAUAGUUAACAGUUACUCAGCAAAGUGGAGGUGAAUAGUGGUGGAUAUUUACCAAGCAGCAAAGUGGUGUUGUUGAUAUCCACCUCUUUCACUAACACAGGUGAAUAAUUUUUUUAGCAUAUACCACACAGAUGCCAAACAAUUAGUGUAUUUCUUUCAAUAUACCAAAAGAUGGUUGGAAAUUAAACUAUUGACGCGCAAUUUUGUUUCAUCAGCUGCUCAGAGGUGAAUAGUACUUGCUAUUCAUUUCCAAACUAAUGAAUCAGUAGGUAUGAAAAAGUACUAUUCACUUGAGUGGUUUUUAUUAAUAAUGAAAGUGAUAGGAAAAGAAUAGUGAUGAUAGUAAUGAUGUCCAAGUGACAUGAUCACCAGAGCUUGACUCAUAGUUUCAAUUACAGCUAAGGUGAAACACAGCAAACAAAUACAGGAAAUGGAAAACUCCCUAAGACAGGCUGCCAAGGUUUCCAAUAAUGAAGACAACACUGAUAGUGACUCAUCAUCAUCAUCAUCAUCAUCAUCAGAGGAAAUUCAGGAGGAAAAAGAGAGAACAGCUAAUCAAAUCCAAAACAAUGAACCUUUAGAUGAACUCAAAGCAGAGGUACUGUGAAUUUUAAUACCACAUUAUUGUUUUUUCUUCAAUUGUUAAUAAGGUUUUCAUUUUUGCUUCAGUUCCUAACUACUGUCAUGGAUGAAAACUAUGAAAAAGCCAAGGAGCUCUGCCAAAAGAGUAAGUCAUGGUUCUUUUCGGCUGAUGGGAUAUUAUUUAAACAGGCACAGCUUUGUCUUCGGUACAAAAAAGAUAUGUGCAAGGCAAAGAAAAUGCAUCCUUCAUUAUCUACACACAGAUACGCUAUGUUUAAAAAGAGGCAAACUGCAGCCCUGCUGUAGUGCUGCCUCUUCAAAGAAGUUCGGUUGAAAGUGAGAGAUAGAGCGCAUUAGGAGUUAGUGAUGUAAAACCAAAAUAAAACUAAUCGCAAUCGCCAACAUGAGCAAAGGGAAAUAAACAGACUUUAACCACCUGAGGCACGGAAAAAUGUAACUGACCAAGCCUCAAUUGGUUUGGGAUGCAUUUGAUUUGUUGAAAACGCGGUGAAAGUAUUUCAAUACAAAGCGAAGUGAAGGAAAAUUAAUGCAACACGCUAUAACUGGCGACAAUUAAUUUAAAAUUGCUCUAAAGAGUGUAAUGAUAGUAAAUUUUUUUGAUGUUGGCUAUCAAGAUUGCUUAGCAACUGCAGCCUCUAUCUGGAACAAACUUGAUGGUGUACCUUUCCGUUCUGUUGAAAAAUCGAAACUUGAAAAUGGUGCUGAAACAUAACUUAUCACCGCUAACCUCUUGAGUGUUUCAAAUGCUUUGGCAAAGAUUAUAACUUUUUCCCGAAACGCGCGAACAAUCUCAAAUUCGAUUAUGCCAAUGUGCUUCUUACCCCAACGACCCCUUCCCCCCGCCGCCCAUCUGAGUGUUUUAUACGCGGGAAAAAUCUACUAUUCUUGUACUGAACAAUUCUAGAAAAUCCGUGGAAAUCUAAAUUGUCAACAACAAAAAAACUACCAUUCAUACUGUCAGCAAAACACACCCGUCUACCCAAGUAUCAGCUAUCUUAUUGAUUUUAAUAUCUACGGCGAUUAAAUCCCGAAUUGAGUCCGAGAAGUAAUAAAGAACACAACAAGAUAUGUUUGUAGUUGCUAACUAUUUAGUAUUUACAAUAUAAUAUACAUGUGUACACAUCCCUUUGUUUACAUUUUAAAAAAUUUCCUCUUUUUACUAUUUACUUGUUAUGCCUCUUCAGUUCUUCUUCUGGAACCAGAUAACAAAUUAUGCAGUGAAUUUCACGCUGUCAUCGUGGAAAAAAUUAAACAAGGUUUGUUGCUAAAGCCAAUACCUCUGUGUCACGAACUGCAGAUAGUGAAAUACUCUUGAACUAGGAGCCACGAGGUGUAGGUAAUCAGCGGUUGAACCGUAAACAAAAUACAUAUGUGGAGGAGACUGAUUAGGGUACAGAUUCAGUGAUAAUGUCUUAACAGGACCCUUGUUAUUACUAUUCUUCUCUGUCAACCCUAAAAUGCCAACGUAAAUUGUUCUAGUUGUAUAUAAUACUGACCACUUUUUACAUCGCCAAGAGUGAAACAGUUUCAAUUCAAUACACCGUAAUGAUGCGAUUUAGUACCCGGGGUGCUAUUAGAGAGGGGACGCUUUUUGAAACGAGUGCGCUUAAUCGUAUCAUUAUGGUACCGUAGUACAGGAUAACACGACGUAUCUCUUAUCUCUAAUAUUUGAAUAUACAGAAUUAGAAUUGCCUAGUAGUUAUUACCUUGUUUAUUUUGUUACUAAACCUACCACUAUGUGGAGUGGAGAGAUAAAUAAAAUACAAAUGCAUAAGCGUUCACAGUAAGGAAACGAAACACAGGACACAAACUUUAUUUACCGGAGUAUGAAGAAUAUUUACAGCUAGUAAAGUGUAACCUGUUUUUUCCCAAGUAAUGUUACAAUCGCGGAUGCAGGGAACAUCAGAUUUUUUUAAAAUUUUCAUUUUAGAUGCAGUUAGUACUGAAGAUAGCGAGGAUGAAGAUGAGAGUGAUGAGGAAGAUGAUAAUGAUGAAAAAAGUGGUGAUUCAGAUGAUGAUGGCGAAGAGAGCAAUGAUGAUGAUGAUGAUGAUGAUGAUGAUGAUGAUGAUGAUGAUGAUGAUGAUGAUGAUGAUGAUGAUGGAGAUGAUGAAGAAAGUGAUUCUGGUGAUGACUACUCAACACCAUCAGGUCCCAUUAACCUAAUCAUGGGUGGUUUGCCAAUCAAACCCCACAAUAGGUGA